CAACCAGACAGCCAAUAUAUUUCAUUAGAAAUACUUAUAUCAUUUAGUUAUCCUAAACAUUGCUGUCGAAUUUCCAUCAAAAUGCCUUGUUUUUCGGCAUGUAAUAGACGUUCUGUCCAGCAUUUCUCCCAAUCGACAACUACAAGUCGAGCUAAAACUGCUGUACGUCAUAGCUCAGACUUUCAAAUUCCGAACUAUGCCUGUAAACAGGAAAUAUCUUUUAAUCCGUGUUCGGACAUUUUCUAUACUCGAGGUUUGGCACCAAAAAUCCCCGCCAAACCAAAGAAACAACCCCGUUCUAAAGAUGAACGAAAAGUCUCCAUACCGCCAAGGGAAUUAGAACGUCUUAAGACUGCAUCCAAAGUGGUGACUAUUGAAGAACGUUUGGAUGCAUUGAUGAAACGCGAAGAAGAAGCUAAACGUUUGGAACAGGAAGCCGAGCGUACCAAACAACGUUUUAAAGAAAUGGAUGAGGCACGUAAAAGACAAGAAGCUGAGCGAAACACGAACCUAGCCGCCGAUGAGGGUAAUGAUCAAAUGCGUAUACUGGAAAGGGCAUUUCUCGCCAAGCACGAACAAGAGGAAGAAGUCAAAAAGGCUAACCGCAUUAUAUUGGAAGCCAAGUGUCAUGCUGUGCGUGACGCUCAGGUUCAGGAAAAGACUCAAAUACAACGGGAACUGAAGAAUCAUGAACAACUAUUGGAGCGUCAAGUAAUAGACAAUGCUAUAAAGGCACUAUCUGAAGAAGAUGAAAAAUUCAAUAAACUGCAUGAAAACAAACAAAAGUAUGCGGAUGAGAUUAAAAAACAGCUUCAUGAAAGAGAAAAUUUACGUUUUCUGGAGGCAGAACGCAUUGAAGAGGAAUCCCAAAUGUUGCGCAAAGCACACGAGGCCAUAAAACGCGAUGAAGAACGUCGCAUGAAAGAAUCCCAGGAAAGGCGACGAAAAUAUCGUGAAGAUUUGGCUAAAGUAGUAGAAAUGUCUACCCAGUUUCGUAAAAUGCUAUGGCAACAAGAACGGGAAGCAGAAAUGAAAGUAGCCGCCUAUAUGAAACAGAAGGCGGAACGUUUAAAGGCUUUACACAAGGAAAAAAUGCUAGCCAAGCAGGAAUUCGAGCGUAAGCAACAACGUAUCUAUUCACUGGCCGAAAAGAUCCUUCAAUCCAAAUCGGAUCGUGAAGAAAUGUCUUAUCUAAGGGAGCAAGAGAAAAUUGAACGGGAAUACAGGCGCAAGGAGCGCGAAGCCGUCUUGCGUAAAAAGCAAAUUGAAAAGGAGUUGGCCGAUGCACGUGAACGACAGAUGCAAGAGACCAAACAUCGUCAGGCCUUGCAAAUUGCCCGUGCCGAACAAGAUUUCAAUGUACUUAUUGAACGUCUUAAAAAUGAGGAGGCCAAAGAGAGAAAAGCACAAGAGGAAAGAGAUCGCAAGCGUGACAUGUAUCGCCAGGAUAUUAUUCGUCAAAUGGGUGACAAUGAAAUGCAAAGGCGCCGGUUAAAAGAAUUGGAGAAAGCUCAAGCGGAUGCUUGGCGUGAGAGUGAAAGGCAACGAGAUGCCAAUAUACGGGCUGUCAUAAAUGUCAAAUUAUCAGCUAUGCGUGAGGCCUGUUUACCCGAAAAAUACAUAAAAGAUGUAGAGAAACAGUUAUCACGCAUUGUUGGUGGUGGUCAAGUAACGAAACUGCAAUAAACACAACAAUUCGAAAUGAUAUUUCAAAUGGCAAUCACAUAAAUUCCGAAACUUUAUCGUUUCGACGAUAAAAAGCAUGACUGGAAGACAAUUAACGUUAACAUUUCAUCUUCUAAAUAUUCCACAAAUGUGGUAUUCCCCUUUCCACAUAGAAUACCUUUCUCCCCAAACAACUAUUUUUACACUCUCGUGAAAAGGCAUUGAGGUCAUAAAAAGCUUCCCAAGAUAGGUUAGAAGUGAAAACGAGAAGAAAAUAUGUUAAAAAAGUGAAAUUAUCUGGAGAAUAUUUAGAAAUGAAUAUGAACUGUAAUCUAUAGCGAAGUCUCUCAACAAUGGUGGUUAUUAUCAUAACGAUAAAGUGUUGGAUCCAAAUUAUUCGAGUAAUAAAAAAUAUAUAUUUUUAUAACGGGGUCAUCCUAUUUAUCUUAAAGAUUUACUUCAUUGGCAUUUAUCUUAUGGAAACUGAUGCCCUUAUGGGGAAAAAUUAAGUGCUUUAUGUCUUUCAUAUAAUUUGAAUGAAUAAAUUAAAAAAAAAACA